AUGGAUAAUCACAGAGAAGGUAAUGACGAAUACCAUCGCGAAAAUGACGAGGUGAUAAGCAGGAACCCCGCUAACAUUUCCAAUAUCAUUGAUCAGAGUGUUAAUGUGACUGUCGAACGCUUAAAUUACAACACCAAUAUUGAAAUAAAGAAAGAGAAAAAUGAUGAAUUUCACUUGGACGAGAAUGCUUCUUUUGGCGACGUAGAGGCACAGGAAGAAGACAGUAAUCAAAGGGAAAACCAUGGUCGUAAACACAUCUCGACUCUCACAUCAAGGCAUUACGCCAGUCACGUCAGAGUAUUCAAAGGUAUCACACUUCAUUGAUAUUUCCUGUGUCCGCUACUUUAGUCUUUUUGCUUGAAGCUGAUUUAUUAUUUGGAGGAUGUGGUAAGAUUUCUCCUUAAUCCCAUACUUCAUUAUGCAUACAGUUCUUGAAUAAGGAAAACAGUGCCAAAAAACAAUAGAUUGUCUCUGAGACUACAGCUUCAGGGUGUAAUAUGGCUAUGUGCAGAAAUCUCACUGGUGACAAUGGUUUUAAAUGGAAUAACAACCCUGUAUUAAAAGAAAAGAAUAAAAUAAUGCUAUGUAUUGCAUGUUGUUAGCAUUUGUCUUCAUUGAGGGCAACAAAUUUGCUUACAUAAAUCCUUUAGAGCUCAAUGGUAGGGCAUCUGAAGUAGUAAUUGUAUAGUCAUAAGUUUCACUCCUCAGACAGCUCCUACAUGUGGUAUUUGGUUUUGGGAUGUCUUUUCCAGUGAAAGAAAUAUUUUUAGCAGGUUGUAUGUAUAAAACUUUAAACUGCAGAUAGUAAUGUCCACAAAAAACUCUGUUGGCAAUAUUCUCAUAGCAUGAGGGUUAUCUCAAGGAAAGUUGAAUUUUUUUCAGAGAGUCUUGAUACACUUUCAAUCGUAAGGGUAUGAGAAGAAACAAAAAUAUCAACUAUGAUAUUAAGUUUGAUUGAACACCAAACUUUCCCCUUGAGAAAUUAAAAGAAAAGUAUGUCAGCCAGUGAAGAGGAUUUGUAUUUAGAUCUUGAAUAAAAGGGUCAAAUCAAUGUUUUUGUUUUUGUUCACAGAGUGGUUAAAGUGCAAGGGAAUGGAGGAUGAAUUUGAGGAUUGGAAACCAAGAGAGAUUAGCAACUGGUUGUCGGAGUUUUACAAGGAAUCACACCUAAAACAUGGUGGUACAAAGAGGGCCAGUUCCUUGAGAAUCAUACGCUCAGCUAUUGAUCAUCAUCUUAAGAGUGAACCAUACUGCAAGUCCUACAGCCUCACUCACUCUCCAGAAUUUAGCAAAGCUAAUGCGACAUUGCAUGACCUGGAAGCAGCCCAGAAAGAGUACCUUGAUUCCUCUGAAUGUGGUUCUACUGCUUCAGCUUUAAAUGUGGAAGAGAUCCGUAAACUGUGGGCCACUGGAGUUGUGGGAAUCAAGACUCCAAAAUCUCUGCAGAGAUUGGUGUUUCUGGCUGUGGGAAUCAAUUUUGGGAUUACCUCUAGAGAUGACUUGCGUGAUUUGACACCUGACAUGUUUGAAUUUCACAUUGAUGAGACCACUGGACUUGAAUAUGCAGCUUGUAAACUAAGUGAGUCAUCAUCCAAUCAGUUGAGGAGUAAAAAAUAUAAGGGCAUUGGGAGGAAAAUGUUUAGUGUACCUGGAAGUUUACAGUGCCCUGUUGCAGCAUUGAAGUUAUUCCUUCAAAGACGAAACCCAUCCUGCUCUGCAUUUUUUCAAAUACCAAACCGUGAUUUUGCUACAAGUGGAGUUUGGUACAGGUCACAAGCUGCUGGACUAAACUGUCUGUCAGGAAUGUUAAAGGAUAUGUCGCAUGAGGCUCUCUUACCAGUUGAUUACUCUAAUCACAACCUGCGGGCUACACCUCCUAUAGUGCUCUACAAGGCCAUGGAAGACUUACUACGACCUCCACGAAUUGUGAAUGGUGCAAUUCUAAACAACAAAAUUGCUUUGAAUAGCUCAGGACCUCCUCCAUUGUUAAACUCACACAUUCCAGCUGCAGCAGCAGGAAAUUUUGAUGCAAAUCAUAGAGUUGCCCCUGGUGUGGGGUCAAAUCAUAUUAACUUUACUUCAAGAGAAGUCAGCACUGUUGGCAAUGUGAGCAAUCCUUUAGACAACAUUCCUCAUUCAAACCCUGCUCAGAACUUGCAUCAAGUGUUCUGUAUUUCUCAGCAAUGGAAUAUUAAUGACAUUGUUAGAGUUGUAAAUUCAGGUGAAGCACUUGUGAUUGUGAAAGAACCAAGCAAAACAGAAGGUCAACCACAUGUUAAUGGUGAAGUGACACAGAUCAGAGAUAUGCAACAGCCGCAGAGCAGAUCUGGUCGAAAGCAGGUAUUUGGAUUUCAUAUAUAAAACUGAAUUUUAUUGUUUAGCUGUGGAAGAAGAUGGAAUUUAAUGUAGUAUUAUUUUUACUUUAAAAAGCCAGAACCAAAAAGAUUUUGCAGGGAUCCUGAUGUGUUGAAAGAUGAGUCAUCCAAGGUAGGAUUGUUUAUUUUAUUGUAUUAUAUUGUUUAUUGUGUUAUUUGAUGAAAUAUUAGCUCAUCUAAGAUAUUAAUUUUAUUGUAAAAUGACAAAAAGGAGGGAAAGUUUGCCAGUUUUCAUACAUUUUUUACUGUCUCUAAGCUAGAAAAUUGACCAUUUAAUGUAUUGGUGAGACACAAACUAAUUGUUCAAAAACAUGAGAACAGAGAGCACCUCUCAGUGUUUGUAGAGAAUGAAAGGUUCAGAAUGUAAAACCAGUUUAAAACUAAAUUUAUUGAAAGCCUAAGACACACAGAAGAAAACCAACCUUACAGAAAUAUCCUCUUACAGAAAUAUAGUGUAUUCCAGUACGUUAUUUUUAUGGUUUUUAUUGAAAGUUACAUCCUAAGCUGAGAUAUUUAAUUCAGUUGGAAAUAAAGCUGUCGAUUUGAGUUGGAUUGCUUUAAGAUUUGAGAGUUUCCAGCAGAGGUGUUCAAUAGUCAGGGUCAUUUACUAGUUUUUAUUGUCAGCUACAACAAAAAAAGGUUCUUUUCUAAUUUUAUCAUAGAUUGAAGAUGCCUACAUGAAGGCAGUAAACACUGUGAAAACAGGACUUCAGAACUUGGAUGAUCUCAUGAGUAAACAACACCCAUCUGAAAAAGUUAUUCAAGAGCUGUCAGGUAUAAGUGACAGUAUUCAAGUGCUCUUCCAAAGGAUUAACUCAGCAGAAAAUUGUUAAUUAACAAACAUUGCUUGUUUUUUCAAAUCUGAUCUUCAACAAGUCUUUCACAUUCAAAAAUAUAAACAUUCUCAAUUGCAUGUAAAAGGCUACUUUAUUACUAGCAUUUUGGAUAGUUUGAAAUGUUUCCAUUGCACCCCUUGGGGAUAAUAGGGCACAACCACAUUUCUUGAGGGGUAAUGGGGAAAGGGGUCAGCCAGCCUUAGACAAUUAGAGUCUUUAAACACUUAAGAAAAUUAAGUUAUUCAAGAAGGGAACUUACUAAAAUCAAUAGUUGGCUAGAUUAGGCAAACACCAGAGUUAAACAAAAAUAUAAGAGGAAGGAAAAUGUUCAAGGAUAGAGACUGACAACCACUUUUACAAUAGUUCAUCUUUUAUUCUCAGGAGUAGCUACGGAGUUAUUUCUCUUUAUUAAAAAUGAAAAAUUAUUUUGUCAAAUCCUACUAACCAUUUUAUUGAGAAUACUUGCAGCUUGUCAAGCUGCAACGAGGCAUUUAUUUGAUACCAUUUCCAAGGAAACAAACUAACAUUGUGGUGGUGUUGUUCAGUGUGAGAACUGGUAUUUAAAUAUAAAAAAAUUCAACAAACUUUUUCCAUGACCAUUCCUCCACAAGGGUGUUGAUGAAAUUUUUUAAAAACAAAGCAAAAGUCAAGGAAGAGUUAUUUAGAACAGAUAUUUAAAAAGUGUUUUUCAGGAAGUUUUAUUUAUUAAGUACUCUUAGUACUCUUAAGGUAUUCCUUUACAGAAGCAGUGAAUUUCUAAUAUCAACGAGCCUGAAUAACAUGUUUGUUCUAAUAGAGGUUAAAUUUUUUUAGGUUGUAGUGGGAUCUCUUUCAGGUUUGGGAUUUCACCAUUUGAGCUUCAAAGCUGUAAAAGUCAAAUAACUUAGAUCAUUGUAGAAAAGUUUAAUAAUAUCUCUUUCAGACCAUUCGUUGAUUUUUGGGAGGGGUUUAUGGCUCAACAAGAGAAUGAAGGUAUUUAUCAACAGUUCUUUGGCAGGAUUGACAUACAGUAUUUAUUGAGGAAUGAAAGUGGCAGAGCCUUUCAAAAGCUGAAACAAGGACCCUUGCUAAUGAUUUAUUUUCAUACAACUUACAAACGUUGUUCACAAAAGUUACAACAAGGGGGAAUCACUGGAAGAAGACCAUGCCUUUUCUUACAUUUGUAGUCUUUUUCUGUGAUAUUUUCUCACAAGGAGUUUUAUAGUUCCCUUUCAGGUUCUGAUUAUCUCGAUUAAAUUUAUUUAGACUCAAGUGAAUGUAGUAUUAAGUAAUUUUGAAUUUCGUUCCAUAGAAGAGGAAUUGUUAUUGUAUUACUUUCCUAUGGUUAACUUAUUGAUUAAGUCUAAAAGUAAAGUUCUCAAGUUAGUUUUUAAGCAGUUUGCCGUAAAUUCCAUCCCAAUAGUUUUAAGAAGUUGCCUAAAAUUCUCAACAUUUUUUUGUAAGAUAACGCCCUUAUGGCGUGUUAGACAUCUAACGUUGACAACAAUUCGCGUUUGGCGAAAUUUUCCAGUGGUUGAUACGAAAAUUUAUUUCGUUUCACGUUAGUUAUUG